AUUUUCGGAUCGGUAACGUACGUCAACGCCAAGAAAAACGAUUGCUGCUUGUAGAAAAUACCCCCAGUGUUUGUGUGUUUUGUUUGACGCGCCCAGGGAGAUAAUAAUGGCUGGUAUCCUUGACGUUAUCGCCAAUGCCCGUUGUUGCUGUGAUUGAUCGCGGUGGUUUCGGCAUCAUUUCACAGCUGUAAGGCAGAAUGAGCUGCGCGUGAGUGACCCCCUGUUACCAUGGGGCAACGCUACAACGGAGAAGAGAGCGUCGUGCGGCUGCUUGGCGAGCGACAGUUCAAGGACAGGAGUAUCACACGUGUCCAAAGGAAGUUGCAAGUUACGGAAGAGCUGGUAGCAAGACUUGGUCUUGAAGCUGAACUUGAGGGUCAUGCAGGUUGUGUGAACUGCUUGGAAUGGAAUCAGAAGGGAGAGAUCCUUGCCAGUGGGUCAGACGAUGUACAGAUAAUGUUAUGGGAUCCGUUUCGACAUCGGAGGCUCCACACAAUUCCAAGUGGACAUCAUGGCAACAUAUUCUCAAUAAAGUUCCUGCCUUACUCUGGCGACAGCCUGAUGGCGAGUGGAGCGGCGGACUUCAAGAUCCGUGUGCAUGACAUUCAUGCACGAGAGACUACCAUGGUCUGCAGCUGUCACACCAGUCGGGUCAAACGGCUAGCAACUGCAGCAAGUGUGCCCUUUGUGUUCUGGAGUGCUGCUGAGGAUGGUGUCAUUCUGCAGUUUGACUAUCGGACACCGCAUCAGUGCUCAGCGGAUGCAAACCAUGUGUUAGUGAACCUUGGCUACCACCUGGGGCGCAAUGUGGAAGCCAAGUGUAUAGCUGUGAACCAGCUCCAACCUCACCUGGUGGCUGUGGGUGCCAACGAUUCAUACAUUCGUCUCUAUGACCGGCGUAUGAUCAACACCACUAAGCUCGCAAGGUUCAGCGGUUCUUCCAAGCCUGAUGCGGAGUUUGAUAACCUCCCACCUGGCUGCGUAACUUAUUUUGCUGCAGGUCACCUUCCAUUAAAGUAUCCUAGGAAGAGGUAUCGCACAUUAGCCUCAACCUAUGUUGCCUUCAGCCCUGAUGGCAGCGAACUUCUUGCCAAUUUAGGUGGCGAGCAGAUUUACUUAUUUAACAUCAACCACCCACGACAGCCAAAAAGCUUUGACCUUCAGAGCUUCACAUCAUCACUUCACUCAAAUGGGUUGUGCAAAAACUUGGCCGAGGGAGGCAGUAGUCCUGCAAAUGGAUUCAGCACUCACAAGAACGGCAUCUCCAAUGGAAUGGUUUCCAACGGAAUGAAGCAGAAUGGAAUUGUUGCAUCCACAGACGCUCCUCCUGUUUCGUCAAGUACAAAGUGGGGGCCUGCCAACAGCAAGCCACUGCCAUCCCACGUAGAGGCCAUAAAAUGCAAAGCAAAUGAGAAGUUUGGCAAGCAGAAGUACACCUUGGCCAUUAACCUCUACAACCAAGCCAUACGCAUGGUGCCUGACUCGCCAGUUCUCUACUGCAAUCGUGCAGCUGCCUUCAUGAAGCGAGCAUGGGACGGGGACAUGUAUGCUGCACUACGGGACUGUCACACAUCCCUACAACUGGAGGCAGACUAUGUGAAGGCACACUUGCGGCUGGUGCGCUGCCUGUAUGAGCUGCGCUGGACCAAGGAGGCCCUCGACUGCCUACAGGCCUUCAAGUCGCGCUUCCCCGACUGUGCCCUCGGCCAGGCCUGCCAGACCCUGGAUCGAGACAUCAAGGCAGCCAUAUUCUCCAAGACUGACAACGACUCCGAGGAAGGGAGUCGGUCUGAAUCUCAAAGCUCCAAUGGCAGUGCCAACUCCAGCCCAAAGCACAAGAGGCAGCCGCAAAUUUCAGAGCAAGAAAAGGCGUGGCGCGCUGUGGCUUUCGACUAUGAGCAGCGCUUCUGCGGCCACUGCAACACCACCACUGAUAUCAAGGAGGCAAACUUCUUUGGCAGUGCGGGUCAGUUUGUGGUGGCAGGCUCAGACGACGGCUCGUUCUUCGUUUGGGACAAGCAAAGCACGAACCUCGUUCGGGUGAUGCGUGGUGACGACUCUAUUGUCAACUGCCUGCAGCCACACCCGAGCACCUGUCUUCUAGCCACCAGUGGAAUUGACCCCGUGGUCCGGCUAUGGAGUCCAAAGCCCGAGGAUGGAAAGAAAGAAGAUAGGGAAGUGGUCGACUCCGAGGACGCUGCUGUAGCGAAUCAGCGUCGCAUGAACGCUGACCCACUGGAAGUGAUGCUCAUGAACAUGGGCUACCGUGUUCCCGGACUGCUAGAGUCCGACGAAGUGGAAGUCGAGAACCGCAGCGGUGAAGCCAAUGUUGUCUCCUGUCGACCAAGCUAGGACAUUGUGUCUGUCCACUGCAGCGAAGGCUUCCAUGGCCAGCAUUUCGUUGGUGCAAAAAAAUGACGCUGACGACACUGCAGCAACCCCUUCCCACUUCCCUCUUUUCUUUAGUCCCUAAAAAGGCUUAGGGUUUCACUAACUCUGCGAGAGACUGAACAGGGAUGACAGUGAUGCUAAUAAAUUUGGAGAUAAAUACAAUCAAAUAUUUAAGAAGUUGCAUAAAAUACUCGUACAAUGCUUUGCUGAACUAUUGGAGCUAUCUUAUCAUCCUAUUGAAGAGCAAAAAACAGCAGCAAGCACAGUCAGAAGUGACACUUCAAUGGUAACAAAAAAAAAAAAAAAAGGUGUUCAUACAGUGAGAGGCACUAUGAGUUUUUUUCAUAUGUGCUGUGGUGCUGCCAAUCUGGAAGGGAAUAAUCCAGAAUGAGGUAGCCAUAUUGGACAUGCUGUUAUGGUUCUGCCCACAAUGCCCACUACUCAGUGGUAUGAUGUCAAAUAGGAAGUAGUGUUCGAUUUGCAAUACACAUGAAAAUUUGCAUACUAAUUCGCCCACAAGUGACACUUUUUGAAAAAUCACGACUUCUUUACUUGUAGCUAUACCACAUACAGCUAGUCUGGGUGCACUAAAUGUUAAAGCAGGUUAUGUGCUUUGCUUCAAGUGGCAUCUGAAACUUGCAGUGCAAAAAUUGUCUACAAGUGGAAAUUUUGUAGGCACGCACAUAGCUGUUGUGUUCAAGCAGUACUGACACCGAUUAUAGCAAUACAGUUAGGACCCUGUCGUAGUAACUGCACUUAUGGCAUACGUGUUGUUCCCAAUUCAAAUGCUUUCAGUGGCAAAGAAAUUAGACAACAAUGGCCUUAGCAAUGAUACUAUGAUGUGUUGGCUGCUGUAGUGGUAAAGCUUUUAGUUCAUAAUUAGAACUGGGAAUACCGGAACAAAAAUGAUGCUGAAAUUGUGACAGGGAUGCCUUAUAUCUGAACCACUUUUUGUGACAAUGUGAGAAUCUGUGAGCAGAUUCAAAGUGCACAAAAAUAAUUAACCUUUCUUCUCUGUCACCAAAAUUCACAUCUCAUUUUCUUGUAUUAAAUGGAACAGGAAAAUCUCUAGCUCUUGUGCUAAAUGAUCAAUUAACCAAUCUUGAUUCAGAGAAUAAUCACCACUUCUAACGCGGCAUAAAGUGCAAGCCUUAAAGCCUGUUGCAAUGCUUAAGUCACUGUUUUGUAUCAACAAGCAGGUCUAAAUGAAGGAAAAAGGAUAUUUUUAUACAUGUGCAAGCUUUCCGACAGAAUCCACUCUGCCCUCUUUUCGAUGCUGUGUGCUGCCAUCAGUAGCCAAAUUGUCUCUUGUUCACUUAAACUAUUACCAUAUUGUGAUCUGCAUUGAAGCUGAGUGAGGCAUGUAGAGACGAGUUGGUGGGCAGAGGAAUGCUAUUGCAUUAGAGCACAACAUGGUUCAUCGAUCCGUCUCCGACUCCACACAAGGUAGCGCACUCGCACGAUUGUCAGGUCAUGUCGUGCAGGUGAUCCAUGAGCACAACUGGAAUGCCAAUGUCAGCCCUUCCAAAUUACGAAAUUAUCGGAGAGAGUGUAAAUCUUGCUUGCUGAUUAUUAAUUGUACUGAUAUAGUCUAGUACAUUGUAAUGAAGGUUUGCAAAAUCAGCCUAGAUAUAACAGCAUGCAGUUAAAACGAUUGGACGUUUUGGAUGCUUUCAACAUUAUAAGCGAACUUAAAUCCAGUUCAAAAAUAAAUUUUAGGUUAAAGCCAGGAAGCACGGGGAAAACAAACUGAAUUUAUUGCCAGAACUACAUGCUUAGCCAAAGGAAAGGUCACUAAACCAAAGGGCAGCAUGGAAUAGAAGGAACACACAUUAAAGCUGUGGUAGAUAAGUAGUAUUAAUGACCAAUAAUGUUGAAGCAGUGCAGAGCUGCUAGCCAUUUUUCCUGAACACCCGCCCUGUUAAAAUUUAUUCCAAUCCAUGCGUGGGGAUGUCAAAACAAACAGCAUAAGAAGGUGUAUCAAAGUCUGCAAUAAUGCAAGCUACUUUUCUGCCCAGGCAAGCAGAGUGCAUGUUUUAAUAGAAGGCUGCAUGAUGGUGUAGGGUGUAGCAAGUGCUGUCCACGGCCAGACUUGCCAUUGUGUCCCAUGAGGUGGACCCACAAAGUGUCAGGUCUUCAUCUGCGAGUGCUAUUUAAUUAACGAGUUACUGAUGUUGAAAAUGCUGGCACCUUGUGUUGGUUUUGAGAAGUGACUGCGCAAGAUGUCAAACUAAUCAGCUGUUACUGGUAGCCUGUUAUGUCAUGUUAAUUGCAAAGAAACAGUGUCAUCAAUUCUUUGGGGGAAUAAAUCAAUAUUUGUGCACCCAUUAGCAGCCUAAAUUUAAAAUGGUCUGCAGAAUAAUGCUUAACAGAUAACUGUUUAGGCAUCCUGUCAUUCACUUUAUUUCUUGUAAAGUAGAACUACCCAAGUGUGAAAUUGGGGUGUUCUCCCAGAUUGGCCAACCCUGUUAUGACCCAUGCCCCCCCCCCCCACCUUUCCCCCUUCUAUAUCGAGCUUGAUUUUUAAAAAUUUUGCAAGUGUUCUAAAAAUACAUUCACAAUAAUCUACAUGCAGACAGAAAUCUGUCUUCUUGAGACGCUAGAAACCUGAUGAAUCCAUUAAUUCCUGGCUGGCUGCACCAUAGAACUGGACCAUUAGGGAAGCCAAGCUAUGAAGUGUCACUGCUGAUGAACCAUGCUGUUCCAUUUGAUCAUAUCACCUUGAGGUAAUUGGAUGAGAGGGGAGUCUGUGAUGGGUACUGCAUUGGCAUGUGUACAUAAUUUUUUUUUUUUUUUUUUAGGGUUGCAUGAAGUGUUAUCUUGGCAAGGUCAAUAGACCUUGUUUUAGUAAUUUGUCAGGGUUGAAAGAGCAGUAUUUUAGGUGGUGACCUACAUACUGCACUAUAUAUAACUAUUAUAAUAAAGCAGUGAGUGUUACAAGUUAUUUAAACAAGUUAUCGUUACAGAAACCUAAAAUGUUAAUGACAAAAUGAGUCAGCAGUGUUAGCAAAGUGCCACUUACAAGCUGGUCGACACCUGAACAGACAAUUGUCCGCUUUGUGAAUUCAUGCUUACAAGGUUCUACGCUUUACUUGAGCUUACAGUGUUCACACUCAGGACAAAGAACUUUCUAGUUUAUUCUUUGUUCUCCCCAUAACAAGAACCUUAGAAUUUUGUUUCUUUGAACUAGGGAAUGCAAGAACAAAGUUGCAAUUUUUAACACAAUAAGCUAUGCACACAGCGCAUGACUGAGGAAAAAGUUCUUUUUCAGUUUUCUGUGUUGCGUUGGAGAGAUGCUGUUGUUUUACUAACAGCCAGCUCAGUACGCUUUAUGCUUUGUACCAUGUCCGAGUCACUCAAGUCAUCUCUUGUUACUUUAAUAAAAGUCUUUGUGUAAUCUUU